AUGUUGGAGAUUAUUCGGAGGGACCCGGGAACCCCAGCUGAUUCUUAUUACGAGGUUCGCCCAGAAUGCACCGAUGUUCCUGAAAGCAAGUUCAGAAUUAAGGCUGGCAAAACUUUAAGUGUCCGAAAAUGGAUAGCUGCUUUCUCUCCGGAAGGUCAUCUUGAUAUAAGCAAAACACUCGGCCGAAUUCAUCGUGGGGGUAUUCACUCAACAAUUAGAGGUGAAGUUUGGGAAUUUUUGUUGGGUUGUUAUGAUCCUAUGAGCACUUAUGAGGAACGAGAGCAAAUACGUCAGAGUCGAAGAAUCCAAUAUGAUAGCAUGAAGAGAGUGUGUAAACAAAUGUUUCCAUUGAUUGGAAGUGGAAGAUUUGUCACAGCACCGAUAAUCACGGAAAAUGGCGAACCUACUCAAGAUCCUAUUGUACUUGGGCAAAUCAAUCUUCGAACAGAAACUGCACCCACUCAGCAACCUCCGUGCGAUGGUCCUAUGGACAAGAGAGAGAUUAACUGGAAACUCACAUUACAUCAAAUAGGUCUUGACGUGGUCCGUACUGACCGAACGCUAAAGUUUUAUGACAAACAAGAAAAUUUGUCAAAACUCUGGGAUAUCCUAUCUGUCUACUCGUGGUUUGAUUCAGAUGUCGGGUAUGGUCAAGGUAUGAGUGAUCUUUGCUCUCCAAUGAUUAUUCUUCUUGAAGAUGAAGCAGAUUCAUUUUGGUGCUUUGAACGUCUAAUGCGGAGAUUGAAACCAUUGGUGGGGGAGAUUAUCUAUUUGCAUUCCGAAUGCUUAUGGUUUUGUUCCGCCGAGAAUUCUCUUUUGAUGAUGUGGGCCUUGGAGUAUGAUCCUGAUUUAUUUACCACGUAUGAGGACAGUGAUUCCAGUUGUGAAAAGUCAGAGAAAUCUAAAGAGAGGGCCAAAUCAAGAAGGCAAUGCGGAAAAUUCGAAAGAGAAAACAUGAGAAAUGGUGAUAUUGCACCUCUCCCUAUUUCAGUUUUUCUUGUAGCCACUGUCCUAAAGGAAAAGAGUGCCAAGUUGCUCACAGAAGCCCGCGGCCUAGAUGAUGUGGUCAAGAUUCUGAACGACAUUAGUGGUAACCUUGAUGCCAAAAAGGCACGCUCUGGUGCCAUGAAACUUCACAAGAAGUAUCUGAAAAAG